UUCGUCACACGCUCAAGGUAAUGUAGCUUGCAUGUGUCAAGUAUUUACGUAUGGUCUAUCUUUCAUUUGGUAGAGCCAUACGUUUUAUCAUAUGAAUUGUAAGCAUAUCUUUCGUUAGCAUCUAUAUGGCACUAUCAGCAGUUAGAUCAUACGCGUUUGUAAAGUAUAUCAUUUGGAAUCCUGUCAAGACUGCAUAUGUACUGUUUUCUACCAACCAUCAGAGGCAACUUCUGUCAAAGCAACAUCAGAAAAAACAGAGACCUCCUAUAUCUGAACAUCUAUCUUGGGAGGAAAGAUUGGCAGAUGUCGUCACCCCAUUAUGGAGACUGAAUUAUGAUAAACAACUUGAAGUAAAGCAAAAACGCCAAGAAACAAUCCUUUCUCAGCUUUAUGGACAUCUUAAUGGAGAUCUCCGGUCAUCAUGCAUUAAAGUUCAACCCAACUUCCCUAUCCUGUCUAUUUUGCCCUCUCCAGUUCAAAAUGGGUAUAGGAACAAGUCAACAUUUUCUGUCAACAAGGGUGUGGAUGGAAAUCCAAAGACGGUUGGGUUUUAUGUUGGAACAGCCAGGUCCAACAACAUUGUAUGUGUGAAUGGAGACCAUUUGCUCAACAUGCCUGAGAAGCACAAACUGGUGGCUAGAUGUUAUCAGAACUUCCUCCGACUCUCCCCUCUUGAGCCCUGCCUCCUGUUUCACACUGGCGGGCACUGGAGGGAAAUCACCAUAAGGACCAAUGCAUGGGGGCACACCAUGGCGAUUGUGUAUUUUCACCCACAGACACUAUGUCCAGAUGAGGUGAACGAGCACAAGGCAGCCCUAGUGGACUACUUCACAACUGGGCUAGGCUCAGUUUGUCAGCUGGACUCACUGUUCUUCCAGGAGAGUACCAUGACUCGCUGCUCACAUGAAGAAUCACCCUAUCAGCUCCUGCAUGGUGUGCCCUACAUUUAUGAAGAGAUUCUAGGCUUUAAAUUCCGUAUAUCUCCAGAUGCCUUUUUCCAGGUGAACCAGGCUGCAGCAGAGGUUCUCUACAGAACUGUCAGAGACUUAUGCACGCCAACUUAUCACAAUGCAACACAAACUACUCAAGGUGGUGGCACUCUCUUAGAUGUGUGCUGUGGUACGGGCGCUAUUGGCAUCAUCACAUCCCCCAGAGUGAACCAAAUCCUUGGCAUCGAAUUAGUGGAGCAGGCUGUCCAAGAUGCCAGACACAAUGCAGACCUCAACAAUGUGCAUAAUUGCGAGUUUAAAUCGGGGAAAGCAGAGGUGGUCCUUCCUGGUCUAAUGAAGGAGUUAAGUUCCAUACAAUCUGGCCUUACGGCAGUGGUGAAUCCAGCUCGAGCAGGCCUACAUUAUCGUGUGGUAAGAGCGCUGAGGAACCACUCAGCCAUCCGCAGACUGGUGUAUGUGUCAUGUAAGCCAGAAGGUGAGGCCAUGAGGAACUUCAGAGAGCUGUGUUGUGCUCCAGAUUCCCAGAAGAAACUCUCAGGAGAGGCUUUCACUCCUACGUUAGCUGUGCCUGUGGACAUGUUCCCCCACACCCCGCACUGUGAACUUGUCCUGCUCUUUGAACGGUAGGGUUAUAAUAACUACACCUUAAUUAGCCAGAAUAAUGCAAAAACAGAGACUUAAUUCAUUAUGAACUAAUAUUUUAAGAAGGAUUCAGGCUUAGAAGCUAGUUAAUUAAGGGGUUAUGAGAUAUAGAGUAUUAACAAAGUAGUUACUAAGCCUCAGUCAUUAUUAUUAAACUAUUUGUUCAUUAUAAAGUCAUGCUUUAUUAAGGCAUAAAUAAGUGUAGUUAUUAUGUGUUACCAAAGGUUGAAAUUAAGAUUAAGAUAUAAAUGCAUUUUUAUGCGAGUUGUGUUUAUGUGCCAUAAAAUUCUGCAGCUAAAAAACAAACAAAAUUGUAAAUCUUUACAAAUGACUUGGCCUUUGAUUAAAAUUGUAAAAAUGCAUUCUCUUUCAGUGCACAUCCUUGUGUCUAAAAUAAUAAUAUAAUUUGUGAUUGUUGUCCUACAAUACAGUGAUUAGGUUAAUUUUGGGGUAGGGCUGUACAAACACUUGAAUUUAAAUUUAAAUUAAAUAUAAAAAAAUUCUAAUUCUCAAUAAAGUUUGGGUCUUGUUAAUCGAUAAGUGGCUUAAUGAAACAACUGUGAAUUAAUCAAAAUACGACUCCAGGUAUGUAUUUGAUGAGAAGACAACAUUACAACAUGGUUAAUAUGUUUUAAAAAAGCCAUUUUGCAUAGUGGACUUUCAGACUCACAGACUGAAACCUCAUCAGAAGAUUUUGUUGUAGAUAGGUUUGUGUCACUCCCAACUGCAGAUUCAAAUGAGAUGGUGUUACGGCCCCUGGGCUCCAGCUCCUCCUACCAUGUGCCUCUUCCUUUUUUCUCUCUCUUCCUCUUGGCCCCUCCCGUUAUGCCCCGCAGCUGGCGUUGAUUGACAGCCUACUCUACAUGCGAUUGGAGGGACAAUCAAGGCUCAGCCAAUCGUCGCCCUCCACCUGUGUCUGCUCCAGAUUCAAAAGGACUCGCCCCCAGUUACUCCUUGCUGCUGUAAGCAUGUUCCUUUAAUCUGAUCAGAAAAAUCACUGGAGACCAGAGAGUAGAAUCACUCGAGUUUUAUUAUUCCCUAUACAUCCAAUCUAAUACACGUCAGGCGUUAUUGCUGUCCCUAGUACGUGCACGGAGAUCUCAGGGGUGGUCCCGUUUUGAUCUGAGUGCUUGACCCUGAACGCCACAUUUACACAUAAAUCAUGAAUAUUCAGUUGCUGGGCAUGGACAUCUUCUUCCUUCUGGCACUCCUCUACCCUCCAGGCGCCCCACUGGCGCAGCGUUAUCUAUAACAGCUUGACCUGGGAGGACAUGCUACACUAUCUAUUGUCACAGUACAUUCUUUUCUAUGCGAUAGGGCAAGGAUGGAGUUUGUUUGUGCAGUGUUGCGUGAAAGUCCUAAACCUCCUUUUAGUCUAAACUUUGAUAUUAUGAGCAAUGAUGUUUACGUCCUUCACUGCCAAUUCUGUUUGUGAAUCGGCAUGCCAUUUCACUGACUUUGUACUCUACUCUUAGAGCCUCCUUUUGUUGGCUUUGUUUUUUUGUAUUGUAAUCCUAAGUUGUUCAAUGCCCUUCAUUUCCCUACAUAAACGCUACUUAUUUUAU